AUGAUCUUCUUCCUUUUAUCUCCAAUUCAUUCUUUCCUUCUUUCUUUCCUUCUUUCUUUCUGUCUUGUCGCUCUUUCUUAUUACCCUUUCUUUCUUUCUUUCUUUCUUUCUUUCUUUCUUUCUUUCUUUCUUUCUUCUCACCUUUUCUUCUUUCUUUUCUUCACAACCUUCUUUUUGUUUGUUUAUUUGUUUGUUUGUUUCUUUGUUUCUUUCUUUUCGCCCUUUUUUCUUUCCUUCUUUCUUUCUCUCUUGUCGCUCUUUCUUUCUUUCUUUCUUUCUUCUCACCUUUUCUUCUUUCUUUUCUUCACAACGUUCUUUUUGUUUGUUUAUUUGUUUGUUUGUUUCUUUCUUUCUUUUCGCCCUUUUUUCUUUCCUUCUUUCUUUCUCUCUUGUCGCUGUUUCUUAUCACCCUUUCUUUCUUUCCUUCUUUCUUCUCACCCUUUCUUUUUUUGUUUUCACCUUUUCUUUUCACUUUCGUUCUUUCUUUUUUCAUCUCGUCCUUUCUUUCUUUUUUCUUCCUUUCUUUCUUUUAGCACUUUCUUCUUACCAUUUCUUUCUUUCUUUUCGCCUUUUCUUCUAACCUUUCUUUCUUUCUUUUCAAUGUCUUCCUUCACAUUCUCCUUCUCGUCUGUCACCUUCCUAUCUCUGAUGUUUUUCCUGCAUCGCAUCCGAGUGCAACGCCCUGCAAUACACACUAGCACAUGCGUAUACAUUCAUUCAAUUCUUCAUUAUUUUUCCCCCUUUCCUCUUAUUCACUCAACUUUCUUUUCUAAUAUCCAAUUCAAUCAGUGA